CGUUAGAUCUGUGCGUUUUUUGUAUCGUCAAACCGGCUUUGGUUUAUACUUCAUUCUGUUAACUACGACUUUGGCACGAUUUUUGACUACGACAAGCAUUGCGAUUGGUUAUUGUUUAAAGAUGGCUAGAUGUGUUACGUGUGAUCGAUCAUUAUACCGUGGUGUUCGGAGACACGUUCUUACGCAUCAUUUUUUUGAUUCCCGGAGAGAUUUCGUUGAGCGCAUUUUCCAGAACUUGCAACCGCUACAGGAGCUUGCAUUUGAUGGAACGAGGUCGAUAUGCCAUCCUUGUUGGCAUAGAAUUGAGCAAUCCUUACAUCAGCGACCACGUACUCCACCUAUACGUCAAGUGUCACCGAGUCGUGCAGCAAUCCAAGUUCCGGGUUUCACUAGAGCGGCAAACACUUCCCGUCGCUGUAUGAUGGAGAGUUGUAAUAAUGUGCAACUCCGGCAAAUGCCUAAUUCAAUUAAGGUAUUUUUGCUCAGUUAUUACCACCUGUACAUACCCCCACUUGCGAGGAUUUGCGAAAAUCAUCUUCGAAAUACUGCAUUGGAAGACAUGUCUCAGAGUGUGUCUCAUGCUCAAACUGAUUUUAAUAGUGGAAGUUUCGGAGACAUUGUACGUAUGUAUACAUUAGCACUAGAAAACAGAUGCAAAUUGAAUUUUAACAAUUUGGAUGAAAUAACAGCAGAAGAUUUACAUUUUUGGACUGGCUUGAACCAUGAAGAGUUCAAUAGCUUAUUUGAUCAAUUACCGACUUUGUCCCGCAGAUCUUUUUCUGCUCGAGAGGAUCUAGGUAUAUAUUUAGCUAAAAUAAGAACGGGUGAACCCAGUAUACGACUGGCAACGCUUUUUAAUAAAUCAAGACAAAGUAUAGACAGAAAAAUUAAAUUGGCGAGACAGUGCCUUAACAAUGAUUUUGUUCCAUUACAUUUAGGGCUAGAUCACAUUAGCAGAUCAGAAAUAGUCGAAAGAAACCGAAUUCUUCCCAACUACAUCUUUGGGGAUGACCUUUGGACAAAAGCAUUAAUAAUAUGUGACGGAGGUUACAUUUUCAUACAAAAAAGCUCUAACUUCUUCUUCCAAAGAGAAUGCUACAGUCUUCAUAAAUACACAAAUCUAAUCAAGCCUUUUAUGUUGGUCUGCGGUGAUGGACAUAUUUUAGAUGUCGCAGGUCCAUACGCAGCCACUGCCUCAGAUGCUGUAAUCAUGCGGCACAUUUUGGAAAAUCCUGAUGGCCCACCUGAGGAGGCACCAAUUAAUUAUUAUCUUGAACAAGGUGAUACGUUCAUUGUUGAUAGAGGUUUCCGGGAUGUUAUUCCUCUGCUUGAGUCGUGCGGCUAUACAGUCCAUAUGCCCCCAACGAAAAGGCGCGGUGAAACACAAUUAACAUGUGAAGAAGCCAAUAAAUCUAGAUUGGUGACCUUGUGUAGAUGGGUUGUUGAAACAAUAAAUGGAAGGUUCAAGCGUGACUUCAAAAUGUUUAGAUACCGGGUAUUUAAUACAGCUUUACCUACCGUAAUGAUGGAUUACAGAAUAGCUGCAGCACUAAUAAACGCGUUUCAACAGCCCUACGAAGAUAGCCAAUAUACAGAACAGUUUAUAGAAACCAUAAACAGGAACAUGAAUAGGCCCAAUCUUUUGGCUGACUAUGUUGUUGAGCGCAACUAA